ACAUUACCUAAAACAAGAUACGGCAGCUGCUUCCUCUCACCUACGAAAAGCUUCAUUUUCAUUGUUCAUAUCAUUGUUUAUUAUUAUUCACUUACAAUUAUCCUUAAUUUACUUCAUCAUUAUCGGCGUCGCAUUACAGCUACCGACUUCCUAGGAAAUAGAUCCGUCGCACAAGUAAAAAAGUCGGGAAUCGGAUAACGAAAGAAACGAUGGUCUCCGAGGAUCAGCUCCCGGUCCUCAAGGUCCUGAUCAUCGGCCCUUCUGGCGCCGGCAAAUCUGCAUUGUUGUUAAGAUACUGCGAUGACCAAUAUGAUCCGGAGUCGACGACGGCAACAAUUGGUAUCGAUUUUAAGAUGAAGAAGCUUGCCGUGCAUGGGAAGGCAUACCGACUUAACAUAUUCGAUACCGCUGGCCAAGAACGCUUCCGUACGUUAUCGACUAGUUACUACAGAGGUGCACAUGCUGUCAUCAUAGUCUACGAUAUAUCUAGCCGGAAGAGCUUCCUCAGCAUGGAAAGGUGGAUCGACGAAGCGAGAAUGAACGCGUCUCCAGAUGCCGUGCUUUAUUUGGUCGGGAGCAAACUAGACAAGAUAGCUACAGGUGGUCGGGCUGUUACCGAGGAGGAAGGAAAAGCGUUUGCGGAGUCGCAAGGCGCCGGCUUCUGCGAAGUCAGCUCCAAGACGCGCGAGAACAUCCGCCGGCCCUUCGUGGAAGUCGUGGACCGAAUCGUGCAGAAACCGCAGCUCCUAGCCGCCGCCACGCCCGCGGCCAGCAACGCGGGUAUAAAUCUAGGUCUAGGAUCUGACUACUCCUCCGCCUGCCCCUGCUAAUCUAAACCAAUCCAACCCAAACCAAGCCAACCCUUGUCUCUAUUUUGUCUAUCGGUAACAAAGCAGAUCCCAGGAUAAACGCCAAGGCUUCGAUGCAGGUGGCAAUGUACAUAGUGUUCCAAGUUCUUCUCCUUCUCUAGAUGAUGAUAUCCCUUUAUGCGACGCUACGCAAUGCA